AUGAGCUCGCCCACCGACCAGCACGACUUUACAACCACACCCCCCUCGACCUCGAUGCCCGGCAUCUCGCUCGGUCUGACCCGCAUCCACCGCCUGCUGUACCUUCUGCGCUCUCCUCACCUUGCAACACCCGUCGUUCACAUCGCCGGUACGAACGGCAAAGGCUCCGUCUCGGCGUACCUAUCGUCUAUCCUCUCGCACAGCAAACUCGCUGUCGGACGAUUCAACAGCCCGCAUCUUGUCGACGAGUGGGACUGCAUACAACUACAUGGAGGGCCAGUCGAUGAGGGACUGUUCUUGGAGGCGAAGAAGGAAGUUGAGCGGGUCAGUGAGCGUGAAGGAGUCGGUGCGACCAGCUUCGAGGUCCUAACAGCGACUGCGUUCUCGCUAUUCGCGCGGGCAAGGCCGCCAUUGGACGUUGCAGUGGUUGAAGUCGGUAUGGGCGGGAGCGAAGACGCGACGAACGUCGUGCCGGCGGAAAAGACGCUCUUGUCGGUCGUCACGGCAGUCGAGCUGGAUCACCAGAAGUUCCUUGGAGACACGGUCGGCGAGAUUGCGACGGUCAAGGCUGGCAUCACGCGGGAAGGCGGAGACGUCGUGUUGAGCGUGCAGGCGCACCAGGAGGCGACUGAAGCGGUGAAGCGAGUCGCGGCGGAACGAGGUGCGCGGGUGUGGCAGGCUGGGGAGGCAGUUAUUGUUGCAGAUGGCGAGGCAGGCGCAUCUCGGGAAGCGGUAUCCUUGACCUUCCCUCCACCACCGUUCGCCGCCAUCCCGCUCAAAGCGACUUCCGUCGUUCCGCCUCUCGAGUCGCCUUCACCGGCUACAUCCGCGUCUGUCACUGCCCGACUACCCUUACCCGGCUCCUACCAGCUCCAGAAUUCUGCUACCGCCGUCCUCGCCGCCCAGCUCCUCCGCACCCACCCGCGCACGCUCUCCCUCCUGCCGUCUCUCUCGCAUAUCACCGACGACUCGAUCCGCACGGGCGUCGAAGCGACUCGAUGGCCCGGCCGACUAAGCUGGGAGACCUACAACACCUCUUCAGGCCACCAAGUCCCUCUGCUGCUCGACGGCGCACACAACCCUUCUUCGGCCGCCCUCCUCGCUUCGUACCUCGCCUCACUUCCUCCAGCUCUCCGACCCUCGACACUCGUCUUUGCGCUCUCGGCACCGCGCGAUCCGGCAGACGUCGUCAGGCCUCUCUUGCGGGCGCUCGCGGCGCACGAACGCAGAUUGCGAGUCGUCUGCUGCGGCUUCUCUACGCCCAUCGGCAUGGAGUGGGUGCGGUCAACACCGGCUUCCGAGCUCGCUGCGGCAGUCAAGCGGAUAGCAGCGGUUCAGGUUGAGGAGGCGCCUGACGCGGAGGCGGCACUACGGCUAGUGGAGGAUCGGGUGCCCGGUGAGGGGUCGGUCGUCGUUGCGGGCAGUCUGUAUCUCGUCGCGGACGCGAUGCGGACGUUGCGGCGAAGACAGCAGGCCGGGGAGAAUUCGUAG